UCCUUUCCAAGACCCUCUCUUCCUCUCCUCCACACAUCACUCUCGCUCCUCCCCAUGGGUGUCACUGCGAUGGGCAAGAACCAAAAGAAAGACACCAGUAGUAGCAGCAGCAGUCACAGCAAUGGCAGUGACGGUGUGAAGGUGAAGAGAACCAAGAGAAGUGCUGCAAGGGAUUCAUCUCGUUCGCAGCGUAGCUCAGUUUACCGUGGCGUCACGAGGCAUCGGUGGACGGGACGAUUCGAGGCUCAUUUGUGGGAUAAGAACAGCUGGAAUAAAUCCCAGAACAAGAAAGGGAAACAAGUUUAUCUUGGAGCUUAUGGUGAUGAGGAAGCAGCAGCUCGUGCGUAUGACUUGGCAGCCUUGAAGUAUUGGGGCCAUAACACCAUCCUCAACUUUCCAAUAUCAACAUACCAAGAAGAGCUGGAGAAGAUGGAAGGCCAGUCCAAGGAGGAAUACAUUGGAUCAUUGAGGAGGAAAAGCAGUGGGUUCUCAAGAGGCGUCUCCAGAUAUAGAGGUGUUGCAAGGCAUCAUCACAGUGGGAAAUGGGAAGCUCGGCUUGGCCGCGUGUUUGGCAACAAGUAUCUCUACCUUGGAACAUAUGCGACGCAGGAGGAGGCAGCGGCUGCGUACGACAUGGCGGCCAUCGAGCACCGCGGCCUUAGCGCCGUCACCAACUUCGAUCUCAGCCGGUACGUGGAGUGGCUUCGCCCGAGCACCGACGCCCAUGCUGCUGCCUUCCAGUCCCACCAGGUUGCCGAUACAAGACCCGAGGGAGCAAUGACUGCAUCGCCUGCGCUUGGCCUGUUACUGCAGUCAUCGUCAAAGUCGGAGAGGAGGUCACCAGAACGUAAAUCACCGCCACAACCACCGCCACCGUACCUGAGUAGUAGUAGGCCCUCCAAGUGCAGCUUCCCGGAGGACAUACAGACAUACUUCGAGUGCCAGGACAGUGAAUUCUACCUUGAGGGAGAAGACUCCAACUUUUGGGGCAGUACCACAUUCAUUGACCUGUGAUCACGCACGGCCAUCCCAUAUGAGCAAUGAACACAGGCAUGUUCCUUGCCCAUGCGGUAUUGGAAGCACAAGAUGGUGAAAGAACACUCUUCGUUACUGUUUUCAUGUGUGUUGACAUGGACACCAAUAUGAUCUGAAUAAUAGAACAUGGUGGCUUCCAAUCAAUGCCAUCAAUGUUCGGACUGUUUCUGAUCCCAAGUAUUUUGUAUGUAUCU